CAUUUUCGAACCGACUAUGAAAAAACCGAAUGUAAGCGGAACUCAAACUUAACACUGAAAAUGGCGCAGCAUUUUUACAGAUUAUGAAGCGGAAUGAAUCGAUCCCUUUGCUAACCCAAGUUUCCAGUUCUAGAUAUCAGAGCAGAAGCUUAAACGACUACGACCCAUGUUUUAGAAGUCAAAUGGACUGUGCUUGAGAAAUGAGAUCGUCUAUGCAAUUGGCUUAGAUGUUUAUGCUCAGAAUUUGAACGUUUAGCUUAAAGGCCAUAUCGCUUGCUUCUUAUGUAGCCAAUGGACUCAAGAGACAAUAAAGUACCACCUCAAGGUGAGAUUAUUCAGAUUCUAGGUGAUUUUUUGGAAGUGGCCAUUACAUCAAUUGUUUUCCUCAAAGGCAUUUACCCUUCUGGUGCUUUUGAAAGAAGGAGGUACAUGAAUGCGGUUGUGCAGAAAGCUCGACAUCCUGAGCUGCAGGAUUACAUCCACUCAACUGUUUCAGGGCUACUACCUUUCAUCCAAAAGGGACUGGUGGAGAGAGUGGCGGUUAUAUUUUCCAACAGUGAUAGCAACGUCCAGCUGGAGAGAUUUGUUUUCAAGCUCACAGUGAACCAGUCUUAUGAAUCAAAGGUUGAAAAUUCCGACCUGGAGUUUGCCUUACGAGCAUUCUUGAUCAAGCUGUCUGUCUCAGAACCUUUAACCAAGGUUCUUCCUCCUGAUUGCAAAUGGGAAAUAACUGCCUACUUCCAAACACUCCCAAGUUCCAGUACAAGUAAGGAUGCAGAAUCAUGGAUCCCAACAGAUACCAAACAAUGGCAACAACCACCAGUAAUCACCCCCAUCAAGUCCAUGACCAGCCGACCUCUGAGUUUGCAGUUGUAUCUAGAACACCCUAGCUUAUCUGAGCCAAAUCAUUAUGAAUAAACAUGCAUUAUUGUGAAAUUAUUUUGCCUAGAUUGUUCAAAUGAAAAGUUUCUUGAGCUAGUAUGUUAGAUCUUCUGAAGGCUCUCUCCAUAGUGUGUAAUAUAACCUCAAUACAACAAAAUUUAUUCCUUUGAAAGCCUGAAGAGGGAUGUCAAGUUCAAUUUUGCAGCUAAACAGAUUCUUUCUUUUUCAGUCUCUGAUACUAUUGAGUGAUAUUGUAUUGAAACCAAAUCUUUAUAUCUUAUGUAACAUGAGGUGAAGUUUUUUGUCCGGGUCAGAGAUGGGAAUAUGUAUGGAAAUUUUGAAGACAAGUGUCAGAAGAAGCCAGAAGGGCAUCAUCAUGUAUGAAUGGUUGAUAAGGUUGGGUCCAUUAUUAACUCAGAAGUUGGAGAUAGAUCUGAAAGCAAAAAAAGGAAAAAGGAGUUUUUGUUUGGUAGGUUAAUGAGAGACAUCAUAAGUUGGGGUUUGAGGUGUGGAUCCCAGGUUGUCAGGCCUGCCACUGUUUCUGUCUUCAUCCAUGAUGGCAAUGACAGAACUUCCCACUCCAUUUUUCUUAGCUGAGAUGUAAUGAGUGAAAAUCAGAGAUGAAUAUGAAUUUUCUUACUUUUCAGACCA